AGAGGGGGCGCGAGCAACCGAGCGCGGCCACGCGGGAGCGAGGUGUGUGCGGGGUCAGAGCCGACCCGGGGCCCAGCCCCGCCCUAGCGUCCUUCGUGCGGUCCCCGCCUUCCCUUCCAACCUUCUGUCUCUUUUUCUCGAGCCUUUCGUGCGGGGGACGGGGAGUGGCACUUCGACGACAGGUUAGCGGGCUCACCUCCCACGUCCCCAGCCUCGUGUCGCUGGGCUGGGCUGACAGCAGCCUCCUCUGGGGACCACCCUCUCCCGUGCCGCCUCCGCUUUUCCUGUGCGCUCCUUUUCCUCCCUCUUCCCGUUUAAAUAAUAUUUGGGAAUUGUUUAAGUUAAAAAAUAAUAAGAGGAGGGAGGAAUCGGAGUUCUGGGAGAAGCAGAGGGACUCGGUGUGGUGUAAAGGAAUUUAUUAACCAUGGAUGUAUUCAUGAAAGGACUUUCAAAGGCCAAGGAGGGAGUCGUGGCUGCUGCUGAGAAAACCAAACAGGGUGUGGCAGAAGCAGCAGGAAAGACAAAAGAGGGUGUUCUCUAUGUAGGCUCCAAAACCAAGGAGGGAGUGGUGCAUGGUGUGACUACAGUGGCUGAGAAGACCAAAGAGCAAGUGACAAACGUUGGAGGGGCGGUGGUGACGGGUGUGACAGCAGUAGCCCAGAAGACAGUGGAGGGAGCUGGGAGUAUUGCUGCAGCCACUGGUUUUGGCAAAAAGGACCAGUUUGGCAAGGUAUGGUUGUGUACGUCUUAUAUUAUAUUUAAAAUCUUGUGAGUUCAUGGUUUAUUUUCAUGUGAGGCGUGGGGGCAGGAACAAGGUGCUUACUGUGGGGGAAGGCUACCUGACACUCUCCUCUUUAAAAAAGUUCUUUCUUUAUGAGUCUCGGUUUUUGAGGUAUUAACCCAGAUAAAUGCCAUGCAAAUUUGUACAAUAAUCAUGAUUGUUUCAAUUUCUGGAAGAAAGUUAAUGAAAUGAACGCUGUAGUCAAAUGCCAAAAGGAAUAGUGAUAUUUCUGAAGGAGUGAGUGCUUUUGUGUUAACCAUAAAUCUUGGAAUUUCUUUUUGUUGGAAAAACUAAUCUCUUUGUGCCUAAUUUCUAAAUUUUCAAAAUGAAGAUUUUUAUACUU